AUGGAUAUGAAUUUGAGCAAACUCCAGGAGAUAGAGCCUUCGUUGGAAGACAUGGUCAUGGUCUUGAGCCCCCUGUUUUUGGUUUUCAUGCUGGAUCUGGGCCUGAUCCCACAAACCCUGGCUCAAAAUGAUGGGUACAGGGGAUUUUUAAGGAAGCACUAUGAUCCUAACCCAGCAGGCCACAAUGACAGAUACUGUAACACCAUGAUGGAGAGACGAAACAUGACUAGACCCUGCAAAGACACCAACACCUUUGUUCAUGGCAACAGUGAUGACAUCAGGGCCAUCUGUGAUGAUAGGAAUGGAGAACCUUACAGAGACGGUCUUAGAAGAAGCAGGUCUCCCUUCCAGGUCACGACCUGCAAGCAUAGAGGAGGGUCCACCCGGCCUCCAUGCCGGUACAGAGCCUUCAGAGCAAACAGAGUCAUUGUUAUUCGCUGUCGAGAUGGCUUUCCUGUCCACUUUGAGGAGAACUUUAUCCCUCCAAGACCGUAG